CUAAAUUCAAACCAGUCCGUUCGUACACGCCCGUUUACCGCGCGGUUCGAUAUUUUUUAAAACAAAACUUUUUAAUAUUUUUGCUUUUAAAUAGUUUACUUUUUAAUUUUACCUAGUGAUUAUUUGUGGACUUAUGAAAGAAAGUUCGGAUACGUGAAGUGUAUUUUUUUAAUUUGGACAAAAUGGCGAUCUCACUUGUGCGAUUAGGAUUAAGAGCGGCUAUGAAUUUGGAAAGAGCUGCUGUAAUAUCGGCUUACAAUGCACAGACCCAGUUAAAGCUGAUCCACACACAACCAACCUGCAACGGAACUGUCUGCUACAUCCAGGAGAAGUCUCGUGAGGACCUGGUGGAGAGGACCAGUAAUGCCAUCAGGCGGUACAGCAAGCACCACGGCAGACACGAAGACAGGAGGAAAGAGCAGUCAGACAGUGACAGUGAUUCGGAUUCUGACACUGAAUGCAAGGGCUUGGAUCGGUCGGACUUCUGGCGACGGAAGAUGCGUACGGUGCACAAUAUCCUGGACGUAGACAAGGACGGCUUGAUCUCGUUCAACGACUUCCAGCUGUUCGCCGAGCGGUUCGUCGCACUGGGACAUCUUAACGAACAACAAGCCAAGGAGUUUAGUAAUAUUAUCAGAUUAACCUGGGAGGAGCAGUGGGGCGCGAUAGACCCCUACAACUUCGUGACAGUGGAGCAGUACCUCGAGGACAUGAACCACGUGCUCAACGAUAAGACCUUGAAGAAGAAGGCCCAUCGCUGGCUGCCUUACUUGUUUAAGGCGGUGGACAAGGAUAACUCCGGCUUCAUAUCUGUGCAUGAGUUCAAGCUGUUCUUCCAGUGCCUGGGUCUCGAUAACGAACAUGCAGCUGUAGCCUUCGCUGUCAUCGAUAAGAACGGGGAUGGAAAACUAUCCCUGAAAGAGUUCGUGAAGCUUGGCAAGGAGUUCUUCUUCAAAGAAGACGAGACCAGAGCUUCCAGAAUGUUCUGGGGCCCCCUGAUUGAGUACUAGAGGCUUUACCACAAGACAUAGAAUAAGGAAUAAGUAUAGAACGGCAACUCUCCGCUCGCCACCAGCUGCUAGGUUUACCUCACCCGCUUCAGUCUUACUUUAGUCUUCAAUCGUAUGGGCGUCAGUCAUCACACACACACAGAUGCACAUGUACGAUACUGUCAAUAUGUAGUAUCUGUGUGAAACAAGGUUGUUUGUAUGAAGUAUCCGGUGUGUGCCCUAGUCAAAUGUGAUAAGUACCUACUUUUUACAAAACAUUAAUACGAAAAUUUUCUAUUGAAUAAGCCUUAUUUUAUUUGAAAAGAAAAAAAAUAGCGGGCCAGCGCGGGCAAUUUACGUGAGACGAAAGAUUCGAAUCAAACGAAAAAACGUCGGCGUCUAAUUUCAAAUUUUGAUCAUAUACUUAAACUGAGACCAAGAAAAGCUUACAUGGAACACAUUAAAGAGAAGGCGAACGUCGUGUCUUAUAAGGAAGUGAAGGAAUUGGUCUUUGAUAGACAAGAAUGGAGAAACACCGACAAGAGCGUGGCUCUUAAAUUAGUGAUGACUUAAACUGAUAAAGACAGCGGUUCGUGCGUAGCCUUCACGAUUCAAGACUGAACUAUGUUCGGUAAAUUUAGCUC